AGGUGUUCACAUCGCCGCUGUUAAACUUUACAGUGAAAACGAAGGAGAAAAUAAAACGCGGGAACAAGAAUCAGUGCUUCAUCAUCAGUCGAACAUCCAGUUUUAUUCAAUCUUUUCCCAUCGGGAACGACGAACAAUGAUAAAAGGUCGACAUUGUCGACACGACGACAGCCUUGUGAGCUGGCUUAGCUGGCUAUUCCGUGAGAUACCGUAUGACCACGUGUGACGAAUCGACCUACGGAAAGCAUUGUGCGUGAAACGUUCCACUCGCAUACGCGAGAGGCUCGCACGCGUUUCCAACAAUCUCCUGGCUAAUCCAAUCGGCGAUACAACGCGGCUCAAUUAAUGAGUCGCAUGAACAACGCAGCGCGAAAGGAUUGGAUUCCCGCUUCGACACAGCCGCGAAUGCCAAAUAAUUUUUAUCUCGCGGUUGGUUAAAUAUUUAUUGUCGCUCCAAACAAUAGAGGACGGGGCGUUUGAUCGGCCGCCGCCGACAAAGUUCCUCGGUGCGCUAUAAAUGCGCAUUUAUAAUCUCGCCCGGGAUUUAGAUGGGUUUAGAUUAGUGUGACGCUACGCUGUGCAUAAGGCAACAUGAAGUUCGCGGAGCAUCUAUCAGCUCACAUUACGCCCGAGUGGCGUAAGCAAUAUAUUAGCUAUGAGGAAAUGAAGGCGAUGCUUUACACAGCAGUGGAAGAAGCACCCUCGGAUGAAAGCGUAGAGCCAGAAGUGAUAUCACGCCACUUCGCGUCGUUUGACGAGGUGUUUUUUACAUUCUGUGAUCGUGAAUUAAAGAAAAUCAAUACAUUUUACUCUGAAAAAUUGGCAGAAGCGACGCGCAAGUAUGCAGCUCUGCAAAGCGAACUGAAGACUGCUGUGGAGUUGCAACAGGGAAGCGGGAAGAACAAGGGAAAGGCCAGCGCAAAGCCGCUUCUGCCUACCAGAAAGCUCAGGGACUUAAAACUUGCAUUUUCAGAAUUCUAUCUUUCUUUAAUCCUCCUUCAGAACUAUCAGAACCUUAAUCACACUGGAUUUCGCAAGAUUCUCAAGAAGCACGACAAGUUAUUAUCAGUUGACGCCGGUACAAAAUGGAGAGUCGAGUGCGUGGAAACGUCACACUUUUACACGUCCAAAGACAUAGACAAAUUGAUCCAGGAAACGGAAGCUACGGUGACGAACGAUCUCGAGGGCGGCGAUCGGCAGCGUGCUAUGAAGCGUCUUCGGGUGCCGCCACUUGGCGAGCACCAGAGUCCGUGGACUACCUUCAAAGUUGGUUUAUUUUCUGGUAGUUUUAUUGUUCUAUCUGUCGCAGUUGUCCUUUCAGCCGUCUUCCACGAUAGCGGGGAGAACCUGAAAAUCGCAUUUAGACUAUAUCGAGGACCCUUCCUUAUUAUCGAGUUCUUAUUCCUUAUCGGCAUUAACGUCUACGGAUGGAGAUCUUCCGGUGUCAAUCACGUUUUGAUAUUUGAGCUGGACCCGCGAAAUCAUCUUUCGGAGCAACAUCUUAUGGAAUUGGCCGCAGUCCUUGGAGUCGUCUGGACGCUUAGCUUAUUAAGUUUCUUAUACAGUACCAGUCUAAGCAUUCCGCCAUACGUAAAUCCAUUAGCACUCGUCUGUCUCAUGAUGAUCUUUCUAUUAAAUCCGGUCAAAAUGUUUCGUCACGAAGCUCGUUUUUGGCUGCUAAAGAUUAUAUCUUUUGUCUUGUUUCAGGGACGCGUUUUAAUAUCGCCAUUUGCGUAUGUCAAUUUUGCCGAUUUCUGGCUGGCGGACCAGUUCAACAGUUUGGCGACUGCGUUCUUGGACUUUCACUUUUUAAUAUGCUUCUACAUUACAAACGGCGAUUGGCUGAAGGCGGGUGACACUAUGCAAUGCAUGUCCGGCUCUCUCAUUAUCAGGCCUAUUGUGAACUGCCUGCCAGCGUGGUUUCGCUUCGCGCAAUGCGUUCGUAGAUAUCGAGAUUCUAAAGAAGCGUUCCCACAUUUAGUGAAUGCUGGAAAGUAUUCCACGACGUUUCUCGUUGUUGCAGCCAAUACUUUAUACGCCUAUCAUGCAUCGGAAUAUAAUAAUCGAUGGGAGAAUCCCUGGUUAUGGCUAUGGGUGUGUAGCUGCCUUAUUAAUUCAAUAUAUUCGUACACGUGGGAUCUUAAGAUGGAUUGGGGCCUUUUAGACAGUAACGCCGGUGAAAAUCGUUUCCUACGCGAGGAAGUGGUUUAUUCGGCAGCCUGGUUCUAUUAUUUCGCAAUAAUAGAAGAUUUUAUACUACGAUUUAUAUGGAUUGCGAGUUUUAUUCUCGUUGAAUGUCGAUAUAUCUCUAGCGAUUUAAUGACUUCUAUAGUAGCACCUCUCGAGGUCUUUAGGCGAUUUGUAUGGAACUUUUUCCGUUUGGAGAACGAACAUUUAAAUAACUGUGGUAAAUUUCGUGCUGUACGCGAUAUUUCGAUAGCACCUAUAGAAAGUUCUGAUCAGUCACAGAUCAUACGUAUGAUGGAUGACGAGAACGGUGUACUUAAUAGGGGCAAACGUAAAAGUGGUGGUAAAAAGCAGAACAAUACAAAGGAGGAAAAACGAGCACUGCUUAAAGAGGAAACUAUCGAUGUCGAUAUAUCAAAUGCCAGUUGAAUAUAUAGUUCGAGAUUUUUGUAUUAUAUUAUGUUAUCUUUAAUUUUUUUCCAAUAUGGAAAGUCUUCGAAAUCUGGUACUUAGAGAAAAUAGUUUGCACGAUUUUGUAAAUGAUGCAUAUCGAUUUCACUAGAAGGUAGAUGGUUAUCAUGUGCUUUCCAGCAGAUGAUUAGAAAACUGAAAUUAUCAUAGUGCCUUUCAUGCUUCUCUUAUAUAAGAUACUCUAUGAUGUAACAAUUCAAGAUAUAGUUUGCACCGAGAGUCUUCCAACACAAAAACGAACAAUUGUAGCUUAAAUAAGUAAUUUCACGAAUUUUAUAACUCUUGGAUACAAGCAUAUAGUAGAAAGAUGCAAUGUAUUGAAGCGUAUGCUUUUGCAUGCAAGCUUUAUGAAUUGUUGAUGAGUCAGGUCAUUUUGCCUGCUAUUUAAAUGCUAUAACACAUCAUAAUUUUAUCAGCUAUACUGUUACUAAUUAUUUUUUUCUAAAAAUGUCAUUUUUUAAUAAUGAGUAAUCAAUACAACGCAUAAAUAUUUAUACGUAUAUUGAAAGUAGAGAAAAAGGAAGUUGAUAUGAAAUAAUCUGAUACUACGCUCACAACAGAAGUGAUACUAAACAUGUAUUAAUAUUAGGGAGACUGUUAUAAUGUGCUUUUUAUACAUAUAUAUUGAACAUAACGUUGUACUUAUAUCAUCAUGUAUAUUGGCCUACACAUGUGUUGUUAUAUAAAUUAUUUUCUAACAGCAGGAGAAAAGUAAAAUAUCGAAUUUACACAUUCGAUAUUUAAUUUAUUAAUACUGUUUCAUUUGGAUAGUAUAAUGUUUUAUAUGUAUUAUACUUAUCCGACUGUUUUAUAUGAGUAUAUUUUGUCAGUAUUCUACCCCAUAUUAAUUUUGACGUAAUAGCAUAAUACUUUUUUUUUAAUAAAGAACAUCUUAUUACAUACUUAAAGAAACUUUUGCUCAAUGAGAAAAGAUAAAAGUAAUAUAUAUUGUUACAUUAUACUUAUUAUUUCAAAUGAUUAAUAUACCUGUAACUAUUACUAACCAUUUACGCAAGUGUGCCACCAAAUAAGUUAAUAAUAAAACAUUAAACUGACUACGUAUAUACACACAUAUAUAUAUAAAGCAGUAUUUUAUAGAAUCUAAGAUGAAGUAAUUUUAUUACAUUGAAAUAACAAAAAUAAUAUAUUUUAAAAAUACAUUUGACGUUGCUUUAAUAAAGCUGUGUUUAUAUUUAUAAAUCAUUAUUUUAAAUGCAUGUAUUUAUUUGCUAAUUACAUUAAGGUAGAGAUAGUAAACAGAUUAUAAUUAUAUUUCCUAAAUUAAAAUUUUUUUGUUGAAAUCUAAAUUUAUUUUUAUAUAAUUUAUAUUUAUAUAUUUUCUUUAUAUUAUUAGGUUUAUAUUUAUAAACCUAAGUCGUCUUUAUAUAUACAUAAACAUUACAUUUUAUUUAAUAUAAAAUUUACUUAGUUUAACGAUAGUGCCAAUGUGUCUAAAGAUAUGAAUUUUACAUAUUAAAUCUUGCAUUCCAAUAAAAUUGUGAUGAUUUUUUAUAAAUUUUUUUACAUAUAAAUAAUCAGAAUUGCAGUUGUCUGGAAUGUAGACGUUAAAUAUUUUUAUACUCUAUAUACAGUAGAAUUUCUGACAUUUAUAAUACUCAAAAGGUAUGCAAGUAUAUGCAUUACUGCUGUAUACGGUAAUUUCUUAAGUAAGACUAUGUACAUAAUUUUGAACAUUGCUAUAUAUUGAUUAUACUUUAUAUUAUAACAAUAAAAUGUUUUAACACAUACUGUUAUAUUCCAAUCACAGAAACAUACUUAAUAAUUAAGAAAAAUAAUAUUCCAAUCAUUAAUUUACAUGCUUUAAGUUUCCAGUUUAAAUUCGGAGGUCUUGCGCCGUAGAACAAAGCCUAACUUCAAUAAAGUAAACAGCAUUUACGACGAUGUUACGUAACAAGAUAACGUAUAAUAACGCGGUAGCAAUCGCUUCCUUCUUUAUUCUUCCGCUCUUCAAGAACGAUGGAUCAUUGAAACUAUUUCUUUGCGAAUUUUUAUAUGAAAUUAUAUUGUUUCUUUUAUGUACACAAUUUCAUAUGUUAAAUAUAAAAAAGUAAUGUCGUUGUAUUAAAUAGAUAACUCACAUCUAUUUAUGUCUAUAAUCAUUUAAUGUUACAACACUAUUCAUCUAUAAUUGCACUAUUACUCAGAUUUAUUAAGAGUUAAAUUGAAUCUAUAUAGCUAUUUCACAUAUUAUUAUUUAUCAAGAAAUAAACUAAACAUAUGCAUCCUAAAUUUUAUUUAGAAAUCUUCAUGAAAUAUUAAGUUCACACAGGAUUUUUAUAAUAAAUCAAUUCAUUAAUAAUCACGUUUGUUUCCCUGGAAAAUCGAUAUAAAGAAAAAAAUAUAGUUGAAGCCCCGGUCGAAGGAAAAAUAGAAGAAUAAAAUUCAUACUAAUUAUGUCUCAAUCGACAAUUUUAAUAAAAUGAUCCUUAUCGUUAUAUGUAUAACAUUACGUGUCGGACACAAUGAUAUAAUAUAUUAUUAACUAUAUGUAGCAAUAAUCUGACGAUAUAACAAUUAAUGAUUGCAACUAUGAUCAACGUGUCAUCAUAAUGUACGAUAACAAUCGAACGCGAUAGCAUAUAAUAAAGAAGUGAACAUGUAAUAAUAUAUACUGUACAAUUUGUCGGGCGCAUCGAUGAUAAUCGGCGCACGCAAUUUCUUCUAUAGAUUAAAACAACAAACUUAGCAGAUACGCUGGAUCCCCUUAGCUCAUCUAAGGAUAUGUAUAACAACCGCAUUCGUGCAUAUCCAAAAAGUGGCGGAUAUUCAAGCGAUAGAUCCGUCCUUUUCCGUCAUUCUCCCAUGCGUUCAUCGUACUUAAAACGAAAUAAGUAUAUGCUCACGUGCUCUAGGGAGAUAUAGAAGAAGAAUCACAGAGCACGAGCGUAAAAAGAACGGAUUUAAUGAUCUUGAAUGGAUUUCUCUAUGGAGAAAAAAAAGGAGAGCGUAACAAUAUCUGGGGAUUGGGCUCUUUCGACGUGCACGAACGUAGUUAAAUAAAAAUAACAGAAAACAAAAGGCUUACUCGAUAUAUGUAAAGCGACGUCCAGUUGCCCUUUCCGUCCGCGCAAUUAUAUGCCUAUGCAAUUAAUACUAAUUGUAUAUUUACAAAUCUCAAAUAAGAGCAAAAAGAAUGUAAAGA